AAUGUCAAAAACACAGAAGACGAAAAAGAAAAAGAAUUGGAGAGGAUAGCCAAAGAUGCCUCCAUAGACAACCCACCAACAGCAUGCUGCCAAUCGGGUUGUUCCAAUUGCGUGUUUAUAGUGUGGGCAGAAGCUCUAGCGAAUAAAAUGCAAAAUGCUAAUCCAGAGAUAAGUGAAAAAAUAUUGAAAAUGGUUGACGAUCCAUCUAUGAAAGCAUAUUUAGAGAUGGAACUAAGAUUGCGGGACUGAGAAAAUGACUCAGAUGUUGAAAAUUGACAUUAAAUGUUGAAUAAGUGAUAUAAGAAAUAGAAUAUUGCAAUAAUGAUAGUUAGAUUAGUUGAUAAUUAUAAACAAAUAAUGUAUUAAUCUAAUGUUAAAAACUCUAUUUAGAAAUAUAUAUGUAAUAUAGAAUGGCAUAUUAAUUUAUUAUGA